AUGAAACUCUUCUCUACAGUUUGGGCAGGUUUUGAUACGAUUAGACCAUUGUUGAAUACAAACAUAGCAAAAUUUAUGGAGGCAAUCAAUUGUAGCCAUUUCAUUAAUAUUUAUAAAAUUGAGACAAAUGGUACAUUUUUCAUUGCUUUCUAA